AAAUCGAGAACAACUUUGUAGGUACAGUAUGUACUUUGAACUUCCGAUCAGCGAUCGCAGUGAUAUAAACGCUUCGGAAGUCGGAGUCUAUUGUUCCUCGUAAUUAGUACUUAAGAUGUCCACCUGGCGAUUUCUUGUCGUAUCUUCACUGUGUACGCCACAUCAACGUGACCCUUCUAGCUUCUCUCGCCGUGCAACAUGAUAUCAAUCCAAACAGCUGAACAGAUGAUGCGAGAGUAUCCAGAGACAAGCCUGUUCGAAUGGUACCCCCGCCUGCAGAACUUGAUUCCAGAGGAUAGGACUGGCGAAGCUGCUCUGGACACACCCGAGUUUCGACAUGCGGCCUUCAAUCGGGCUUGCAAGACCGGUAUAAAUCCAUUGGGAUACUGGCUAGGUUCAAAUCCGCUUUACAUCUCGGAGAAUGUCCAGGCCGAAGAAAUACCCUGGCGAGCAUAUGAAGCGCCACCUCCUCUUCCAAGAGUCGAGUUAGAGGACCCUGUGUUUCUUCGAAACAUCAAUCCUUACGGCAACACGCCUCUAUUCGAGAUACGUAGCGGAAAUAUCUCUAGAGUUCUGAAAGUGUUUGUCUCGAAGACGUCACCGGAAUGGUGGAAUGGAAAUACGUCAACGUUCGAUCCUCAAUUGUCUUUACGGCUCUACCACGCAGAGAAGGAUGCAUAUGCUCACCUGCGACACUCUGGAGCAUGCGAUGCUGGGGUCGUGCCACAAUGCUUUGGCUGGCUGCAACUUUCCCGUGAAGUAGCUUCCCAGCUGUCCAUACAAUUCAAGUUGUACUGGGAACUCGCCGACGCUGACGAGGACCUUCCCUAUGCACUUCUCUUGGAACACUUUGCGGAUGCUGUCCAGAUUUCUGUACAAAAUGUCACGUUCCCUAUGGCGGAGAAGGCGUUGAGGGCAUUAUAUGUCGUUCACAAAUCUUAUGUGCAGCACGGUGACAUCAGUCGUCGUAAUAUUCUAUUACUUCCAGAUGGCCGUAUCAUUUGGAUCGACUUCGACGCCUCCAAAUGCGCUUCAGACCCGAAUUUGCGUCGUCAAGAUUUAUGGGAUGAGGCGCGCGGUACUUGGGGCCUAUUUUAUCAAAGUCUUUUGCCCGGUGCACGCAUUGGCUGGGCCAGCCGUUUCUCUUGAUUAAUGUAUUCAUAUUUUUCAUAGACUAUCUCGACAUUCUCGCAUGCGUUGUUGCAGUAUCCACUUCCUUUUUUUUUCCGUCGCAUGGUCCGAAAAAAAUCAGUUCUCUGAUCUAAUUCUUUUUCCGAGGGUAUUUGCAUCUGAGCGCAUGCAGACUGAGCUACGCAAUCUGGCUAUUCAGCUUGUCCGCCACAUUAAAUAUCUAGGUAAAGAUCUCGACGCACGUCCCGACAACCCGACAAGGGAUACAAGUGUACUAAUAUAAAAGCAUUGAAAUUGGUACACAUUUGCUACGACGCUCACUAAACAGUACUAUACAAUUUACACUCUUUAGACGUCUUCUAUCAGAGGCUCCACAGAAGAUACGCAUGUGUGGGGCUCGUCAUUACGUCGCUACUUG